AUGGCGACGGCACCAACCCCCACUUCGAAUGCCAUUGUGGGCUCCGAGUCGGCGGUUCCAACGCUGCGAGUGAUGCGACUGCAGAGUCCCGAUCUGUAUCAGCCUUAUGCAGGAUCGUUUGAGCAUCGGUUCAGUCUCGGCACGGCCAUGUGUUUGCCAGAUUCAUUGGGAGUGGUCUAUGUUGGUGAAACAUUCACGGCCUACCUGGGAGCUCUCAAUGUCUCCAAAGAUCUUCCUGUACGGAAACUUACCGUGUCUGCUCAGCUACAGACACCCAGUCAACGAUACAGAAUCCCAUCUCGUCUAGAUGCUGGCAAUGCCGGAGGCGGCGUCGACGUUCCUCCCGAACAGGGUAUCGACGCCAUUGUUUCGUAUAAAUUGGAAGAAGCAGGCAGUCACAUUUUACGCGUCGAAGUCGGAUACGCCACCAUGGAUGGUAAUGUCAAGACGUUUCGGAAAUUUUAUCGCUUUCAAGUCACCGAUCCACUCGCGAUUUCCGCCAGUACACUGCGAGCGACCGAACACGGCGUCCUCGUCAGUGUGGCGGUACAAUACACGGCACCCACCGACAAGGCCAGUAGCAACAAUUCCGUAUUGUCGGCCACCAGUGGAUUGGUCAUUCGGGUCGCCGAGUUUGUUCCUGCCGAUGGAUUGCAAGUGGAACGGAUUGGGACUGAAACGAGUAGUUGUUCUUCAAUGACGACAAGUCCUCCAGCCAAUGGCGAGCAGCGUCUCAGUGCCGUCCAAUUGUUGGAUCAAUCGGGACGAUUGGAACCGGGCAAUUCCUUUCAAUACCUGUUCCAAGUCAAGACGGAAUCCCGGAAUGCAUCGAUUCGUGGCAUUGCCGCCGGUGAUGAAUUGGGAAAGGCCGUCUUUACGUGGAGCAAAACCAUGGGUGAAACGGGACGCAUUGCCUCACCCACCAUUCGAUGUCCCGAAUCAUUGGAUAUGGGCAAACUACGGGUUUUGGUAGGAGCCGCUGCCGGAACUGAUGCCAAUAAGGAUACUGCUGCCAAUGCUACACAACAACCCACAGACGAAGGAUCCUUUCUCAACGAUCGCGAUUUUGUCGUAAAGGGCAGUGGAUUGUCCGUCGAUGUCGCUGCUGCCGCUGCCAAACGGGCAGCGGCCAAUGGUGUGUUGCCCUUUCAAGCCAUUGAUCAAUUGUUGCCCGUCACGGUGGAACCCAUCGAACCACUACCCACACGGAUGCAACUGGCCGUACCACACGAAAUUCAGUUGCUUGUCAUGAAUCAUACAUCCAAUCCACUGUCUUUGCAACUUCAGUUCCGACUGGACAAACAGCAAGACGAAGGACUGCUCGUGUGCGGACGAAGUUUUAAAACGUUGGGAGAAUUGGGACCACAAGGUGGAUGCACCGUGGUGACUAUGCGCAUCACGGCCGUCUCGACGGGAUUGCUCCGAUUGCAGGGAUGCUACAUUGUGGAUCUUACCACAGAUCGAGAAAUUCCACAACCGCCCUUGAUGGAUGUUUACGUGGAUCAAAACAGUGGACAAGAUCACGUGGAUAUUCACAAUAGCCAAUCGGGCAGUAUUGAAAUUGUAGCGGCGUCGUAG